UGUAGAGAUCACAUUUGCUCUUUGCUGCUUGUGUGAAGAUUUGCAAAUUCCAGCUUUUACGCAAAUGCAUAAAUAUAACAUAUAGUUUGCUUAUUCAAGUAGAGACUCGAACCAUAUUUGCAUUUAGUUACAGGUGAUUUGUACAGUUUCUUACCUGCUCAUCCAGUUCAAAUUCGCUGGGUGGAUUAGCGUGGGGGUGUAUCCCACUUUUAACUGUAGUGCGCUGUGGACAAUGAAUUAUGGUGUUUUUCUUUCACAGGACUUGGCUGGAGAAAGUAGGGACUGGGCUCAUAAAACACGCCUGUGUCGCCAUCUGCACUUCCUCCGUGACUCACAGGUGCAAUGACAUCACCGAUACCAAUUUCAAACAUCACGCAGGAGUGGGUGGAGAUUAUGCAGAAGUGGCACCUGGAUUUGUUUUCCAUCCCCACAAUAGUCCUCACUCUUGCCACCUUGCUGGCCAGCCCUGUUCUCCUGGUAAGCAUUUUCCUUUCCCGUGCCCUGCGCCAGGAGACACGUUACCUGCUAUUGGCCAACAUCCUGGUGGCAGACCUGUUUUUGGUCCUACUCAACCUGGCCAUGGUGAUUUGUAACGCCUUGAGAGCACCAAUGCAAUGGUUGGGUUGUGAGCUGGUCACAGCUCUCACCGUCACCAGCUACUGCUGUGCCGUUUACACGGUCACGCUCAUGGUGGUCGACACCUAUGCUGCUGUUCGCUGGCCUCUCCGUUACCGUGACGUUAUUCCACCUUCCCGCACCUACUGCAUACUGGUGGGGGUGUGGGUGUUAGCAGCCAUAUACCCUUUCACAGUGAUGAUCAAGACACACAUAGCGAGUGGGAACUCCCAUGAAAAGCUACCCGUGUGUCUGGUCCUCAUCUCCCUUGGAUUCAUUCAGGACAGGAACGUGACUGGGAUCUACAUCUACUUCUUCGUAGCUGCACUCAUGUGUUCACUGCUCAUUUCUUACUGCUACAUUCGCCUCUACAUGAUAACGAGGACACAGGGAAUCUGGCAUAGCCGCUUCUCCAGGGCCAGGGUCACCCUGCUGGCCCACGGGGUUCUGCUCCUGCUCUACUUUGCCCCCGGCUUCCUUUUUACCCUGGAGCUCGUUCUAAUAGACAGGAAAGACAUACCUCAGGAUGUUCGCGUGUGGGUCUCCACAGUCAAUAUGUGUGUUUUUAUGUUGCUUCCCAGGGUAUUUGCUCCUUACCUGUAUGGGAUCAGGUACAGAGAGAUCUCAGACACAGUAAUGCUGCUGCUGCUGCACCAGCACAGGAGACUCAGCCAGGCCACAGCUGCGUAAAGAACUGCUGUGUUUCUGAACGACUUCUAAAGGGUCAGACUUUUAUCUGCAUGAUCUGUAAAAAUGCCAAGAAUCAAAUUGUCAUAGAGAAACACCACAAUUUAUUUUAUUUUAUAGUUUAGUCUGUAGGAGUUAGAUUUCACCGAAUCCAGAACUUAGACUCUGUGUUCCAGCUACAUUAAUAAUGCAAUAUCACCAAUGUUUUAUUUGUAUUAAGCACUUGGAUUUCUUUCUACUUUCUCUGUUUGUGUCAGGGGUUGAGAACUGUGUUGCUGCUCUGUGGAUCUCGGUCAGAAGAUGCUGAACUUCCCUGCUUUCAUAUUUAUGUAACACACAAUCCCAGGCCUCAGUUUUAUGACUAAAGUAAUAAAGCACUAAACUGUAUUAGUUUUUUUAAAGCCUUGUUUGUCUAAAGCUGGAUUUCUAAAGAAUCCGACUUGGCGAGAAGGGUGAUGGAUAAUGGUGAGUCGAGCAUCCUGGCAGCAGGCGGCUGUAACCAGUUCAGCAACUUAACAGCAGAGGGACACAUUUGCCUGUUGAUCUUGCAAAGCACAAAAGAAUAGUAGAUGUGUUCUUUGCUCAUGGCCUGGAUCCCUGCACUCUAAACAACCUCACACUGCCUUUCUACAUAAGCCUCUGGGCCACCUCUACCCCAAAGAACACUCUACUCUACUUACUCUUAUUUGCCCAUUUACAUGGAACUGAUUACAAAGUGCUAAGUACAAAUCUCUAAUGACCUGAUUUCCACAGAAAUCAUUGCCAUUCAACGUGGUCUUCUUGGAUUACAUUGCUUUUCAUUCUGAUGAACUCACACAAAAAGUCCCUGAGGGAAGUGUGAGAGUGUGUGUGUGGGGGGGGUACUCAAGCUAUUGUAUUGCUGUUUCUUGAUAUUUAUUGGGAAUUGCCUUAUUUAAAGUGUUGAAAAUAACUGGUUGACAUAUAAUCUGUCAAACAUAAUUGACAUGACACAACAUAGAAACAGCAAUCAGAUUUGGGCAAAGUCACUUUUAUUUAUCCUUUAUUCAACCAGAUAAAAUAUCUCACUCCGCACUCAGCAAUAGGGCGUUAGAAAUUACAAUAAAUUCAGCAAUUCAAUUAAAAAUAUUUGUACUAGAGAAAAGAGCUGGACUGAUUUUAAUGUAGAACACAGUACAAUAACUUCGUCUUUCCUCAACUACAUUUACACCAGCCGUGCCAAAAUCACCACUAAAUAUAUCCAGUGUCUCUUUGAAGCUUUCAGCCUCUAAAUAAUGUAUAUUAUAUUUGCAGAAUACUGUGUGUAUCAAUAUAAAUAAGGUUACUAUACAUAAAAAACAUACAUGACACCAUCCAACAAGUGCUUCAUCCUGUAGAUGCUCCUGUUUAUUUGUGGGGAAUAACACCUAUUUAGCCUUUUGACCAUGGGAGGGAGACUUGUAAAUGUGAAAGCUACUAAUGAUACCUACGGUGCCUUGAGGUACGGUGUACCUCAAGGCUCUAUUUUGGGUCCUGCCCUGUUUGAACUCUAUUUGUUGCCAUUGGGUUCCAUCUUCUCGCGGUACAAAAUUUCAUUUCACUGUUUUGCUAAUGAUUUGCAGAUUUAUCUACCUUUAAAAGCAGGGUCAGACCAUCCCCAGCUCUUAUUACGCUGCCUUGACGAAGUCAAACAGUGGUUGUCAUUAAAUUUUUUAAAGCUAAAUGAAAAUAAAACUGAGGUUGUCAUUUUUGGCAACUUUAAUCACAUCGAUAGCACUCUGGGCCCCCUUUCCUCCUCAUGUGUAAAACACAUGUAAAAACCCUCGGUGUCUACAUUGAUGGUUCUUUUAAAUUGAAUAAGCAGGUGAGUGCAGUAGUUAAGUCCUGCUUCUUUCAGUUAGGACAGCUAGCCAAGGUAAAGCUUACGUCUUUGAACCUGUCCAUCCCACGGACUUAUCUCAAAUCUCGUGGUGAUAGAUCCUUCUCUGUGGCAGGUCCCAGACUUUGGAAUAGUCUCCCCCUAAAUAUUAGAUCUGCACAAACACUUGAGCAAUUUAAAUCAUUACUAAAGACACAUUUUUAUGCCCUGGCUUUUAACACACUAUGACCCAAGCAUUUUGGUUAUAAAUAGUUAAUAUA